AUGUAUGUAAAUACCUAUUUCUUUUCUUCAGACAGUUUACAUGAGCGCUUUCCCCAGCUUCCAGCGAGCGACAGUUUGGAAUGGGUGGAUUGUUACACUGGUUUUCAGUGCACAAAUCUAAAGGUUCCUCUCAAUUACUCCAGUCCGGAUAAUGAGACGAUUGUUCUCGCUAUCAUUCAAUACCCUUCGCCCCUUCCCGUGAACUCUACCGACUACAAAGGUCCACUCUUAUUCAACCCCGGCGGACCUGGUGGAAGUGGCGUUGAUUACGUGCUAGAGGCAGGUGCCCAAUAUUCGCAGAUGUUUCAGGAUCAGUAUGACAUUGUCGGCUUUGAUCCCCGUGGUGUCGCGCGGUCUACACGUGUAUCUUUCUACGAAACGGGUGCCGAGCGCGCUUUGUGGGAUUAUAACAUCUUGGUUGAGCUUCUGGGUCGCCCGGAUGGUAUUGAAAACGCUUGGGCGCAGGCUAUCAUUACUGGCCAGUUGGCUGGUGAACGAGAUAAUAACGGGUUAUUGGCACAUAUCAAUACCGAUCAGACUGCCCGUGAUAUGCUAAAAAUCACUGAAGCAUACGGACAAGAAAAGCUGCAAUAUUGGGGUUUCUCUUACGGCACUAUAUUGGGUGCGACCUUCGCUGCUAUGUUUCCUGACAAGAUUGAACGAAUGGUUCUGGAUGGCGUCGUUGACACAGAAAACUAUUAUGCCACGUUAUGGUCUGACAACUUGACGGAUUCUAACAAGACUUUGCAGGCGUUCUUCGACGGAUGCUAUCAAGCUGGUCCCGACGGGUGUCCUUUCUACGAUUCGAGUCCUGAUGCAAUAAAGCAGAACCUCGACAAUCUCUAUGAUACCAUUCGUGCUAGACCGCUUCCGGUUCGUUUGCCUACAGCCUAUGGCGUAGUCGACUACGCACGGCUGCGUUACGCGGUCUUCUCCUCUCUAUACAUACCACAGAGUAUAUACUGGACUCUGGCAAAAGGACUGUCAGAGUUGGCCCAAGGAAAUGGAGAGGGCAUCCUCAACUUGACCGCCCAUACCCCAUUCGAAUGCUCCUGUGACGAUCCUUCCGCAUUGCUCACAAGCUCUGUACAAGACUCCAUGAUCGCCGUUAUAUGCAACGACGGCUUACCCGUGCCUAGGGACGUGGAAUCCGCAGAAGCGUAUUAUGCAAAUCUUUCUGCUCAGUUUGAAUGGGCGAGUAUCUGGACUGGUGUUAGAAUCGGAUGCGCAGGAUGGCCAGAUUAUCCGAAAACCAAUUUCCGAGGUCCAUUCACGGGUAAUACAAGCUAUCCCAUCUUAUUCGUCGGUAACACAGCGGAUCCCGUCGCGCCUCUCGCUGCUGCCAAAAAGGUGGCUUCCGGUUUCGACGGCUCUGUCGUCCUAACCCAGGAUUCACCAGGGCACUGCUCGAUCUCUGCCAACUCGCCCUGCACACAGGGCUACAUCAGAGACUACUUCAUCAACGGGACGCUCCCGGAAUUAGACACCGUAUGCCCCAUCGUCGGUACCUUGUUUGACAACACAACUACCUCUGGUUGGUUGAAACGAGACCUUUCCGGGUUGGAUUCGGAAGAGCAAUUUUUGGAGGCGGUCAGACGAAUAAGCUAUUCGGCCAAGAUACCAACGACACCUUUGUCUCUCGUCCCAAAUUCUGGUUGCGCUUCCGCGGGACACUAA